CAACUCGGACCACGCGCUGCUGCUGCCGGCUGUGUCUCUGAUCGCAAGUCAUCAUGAGUUCUAGGAGUCGCAGAUCCCAGAAGAUCCCAUUCAAUGAGAAGACUAAUAUGAGAAUGGAGCAGUUUUUCUCUCCGGUCAACAAAGAGCCAACGAAGGACUCUGGAAAUGAUGCAAAAGAGAAACCUGACAUCCAGGACCAAGGGCCCAAUGAUUUGAAAAAAAAACUUUUAAUUCACGUUGAGGGAGAAAGCAGGCCAAUUGAGCACGUAUGCAGCGCGAAGGACACCUUAUACAGGGCACUGCAGCAUGUUGGAGCUCUCCAAGCAUACAUGAACCCUCAGAGUGGCAAGGAACUGUUGGUGCGUGGCAGAGAUGGUAUUGAAGCUUACAUACACCUUGCAAUGCCCCUCAGCUGUUUUCCUGAUGUCACUCGUUUGGAAAUUAGCUUUAUCAAAAGUCAGAGUGGGCAGAAAGAAAACCACCUGUUUCUGGGCCAGUCUCUCAAUUUUGACACCAUCUAUGUUAAAUUCUAUAUUCAUGCCAUUGGGAAGAGGGGAGAAAAGAUUGUUCAGUGCUGGAAACUUCACAAGCAAGGGAACAAACUCUGUGUCUGGGGUUUCAAAGGAGAAACUAUUAAGGAGGCUUUGUGUCGGGAUGGCAGGUUUCUGUCCUGUCUGGAGAAUAGUGUUUGGAAACUCGUGAAAGACCUGGGCAGCAUUUUAGAGAGCUCCCAGCUCGUGGACGACCUGGAGGGCAAACUCUUUGAGGUUGAGUUUGAGAAAAGGAGGAGCUCAAGGUCAGCCAGUGCUCAGAACUUUGAGUCAGGAGAGAGAAACACAGGAGCAAGUAUAGACCUGUACCCCGGGUUAAAAGCAGAAAGUGAAAAGUUCAGAGAAUAUUUUGAGAAGGAAGUCAAGGGAGCCAAAAAAAAAGCCGAGUUCUUUAAAUUAUACAAAACAAAUUUUUCAAAACUGAUCAAUGACUCUACUCCAUUUAAAGUACACAAGUUUCUUUAUAAACUCGGCCGCUCUGUCGGGUACCUCUCAUGGGACCACGGGGGAAAUAGGGGCUGUGCGACCUGCUUUGUUUUUCACAAGCAGUUCAUUUUGACUUGUUGGCAUGUGAUAAGAGAUAUUGUGGGAGAGGGAGUAGAUCAAACCCUGUGGGCAGACAUAGUUAGUCGGUAUGUAAAGGUGUCAUUUGGUUAUGAAGAGACCCUACAGAAGGAAGCGGAAAUCUUCUUUGUUGACCCUUGGUUUGAGGUAGCUGAUGAAAGUCUUGAUUAUGCUGUUCUGAAACUGAAAAUAGAGGAAGUCCAAGUUCCUUGUGGACUCUACAAGGGACCUGCAUCAAUUAGUGACCGAAUAUAUAUAAUUGGUCACCCAGAAGGAGAGCCAAAGUGUACGGAGUCUUGCCUUGUGAUCCCUCAGGCUAAGCGAGAGCAGGCAUGCGUGGCUAGGCAGACACAGCUUCCCUAUGUCCACAUGUUCACUCAACGGAGUUUCCAGGGCAUAAGUGAAAAUAAUGAUGUGAUUACCUAUCACAGCUCCUUUUUCUUUGGGGCUUCUGGCUCCCCUGUGUUGAAUGCAGAGGGUUCUCUGGUGGGCAUGCAUGCCGCUGGUCUGAAUUUGAGUCUCCGUGAAAAAAGUCCUACCCUCAUUGAGUUUGGCCCUUGUAUACGUUCUAUUCUUAGUCAUAUGGAGAAGAACUUUCCUAAUUGGUAUCUAGAAAUAACUGCCAAUCAGGAUGAAGAAAUGGAGAGUGAUGUGGAUUGAGAAUGCUGAGAAUUCAGUUUCCUUACCAGCUUUAAGGGAAAUUCCUUGCAAUUCAUAAGGGAGGUAAUAGCAGUAUAACUAUCAAAUAAGUUUAUCUUCUAGAAAAGAAAUGAUGGUUGCACAAGUUGUGCAGCUACUCAUUCCAUACUCAAGUAUCUGACUGGCAUUCACAAAGAACAGUUUGGAUAGAUUUUGCAAAGUGAAAGAAUUCUGGUUGCCAAGUUGGAGUUAUCUUCUUAAUUUGCCAGAGAGAGAAUGUCACAGCCCACUUUGCCUAGUGGUGCUCACCAUGGUGAGAGCCAGAGAGUUUGGUGUUUGGGGGGCUAACGGGGCCUCAUCCUAUGACACCACCAGGGAUCAAGUGAUAUUGUGGGAGAAGGAAGAGAUCAAACUGAGUGGGCAGGCAUGUGAGUGUGUAAAGGUGUCCUAUGGUUAGUAAGAGUCCACAGAGAAGGAAGAGAACUGCUUCUCUCUUGACCCUUUGUUUGAGGUGCUGUGGGAAGUUGAUGAUGCAGUGCUGAAACUGGACACAGGAGAAGGAGCCCACAUUCUUUCUGGACCCUGUGAGGGACCUACUCCUGCAUCAUAAGGUGACUUGAUAUGUAUUAUUUGGCAUCCAGAUGGAGAGCCUACCACGAAGCUGCCUCCUGGUGACCCUAAAAAUCUUUGUAAGACAAUGGAUAAGUAAGAUGUGAGGGGCUGGAACAAUAGCACAGUGCGUAGGGCGUUUGCCUUGCACGUGGGUGACCCGGGUUCGAUUCCCAGGAUCCCAUAUGGUCCCCUGAGUACUGCCAGAGGUAAUUCCUGAGUGCAGAGCCAGGAGUAACCCCUACGAAUCGCCAGGUGUGACUCAAAAAGAAAAAAAAAAAAGGUUGCAAAAUGGUUUUAAAAUACAUUAC